AUGGCAGCCUGGCCGUUGCUGCUGCUCGCUCUACCGCUGCUCACACCGGCGCAACAAGAUUGCAGUGUCUCCUUGCCCGGUGAAACGAUUCAGAAAACGCCGCAAGACUCGGUCCUGUUCUCGGCCGCGACAACGACGCCUCCAAGAUGCCAACUCGCACUCGAGAGCAUCGCCUGGACCGUCAGCCCGAAGACGGACGGAGGCGCGCACGGCUGGCACGGGGUGCAGGUCGCGUCGUUCAACGGCUCAGCCAUCGUGGAGUCGAAGUACCGGGGAAAAGCCUGGACCUACGGCGAAGGCACCUCCAACGCCUCGCUCCUCAUCAAAAAUCUCACGAUUUAUGACUCGGGAUACUACACGGUCACGGCCGCGUGGAGCUCGCCCAGUGGGAUUCGACAGUCCGAGAGCACACAGCCCCUCUCUGUCCGCAGUGAUUGCAGAAUCUCCAUGCCCAGAAAGCCCAUUCAGACAGAAGUGGGAGGAUCGGUUCUGUUUUCAGCUCAAAUAACCGCGGCUCCAAGGUGCAGGCUCGCGAGCGUGGUGUGGGUCAAGGCGAGGUACAGUGACAAAAACACAACCAGCCCCGAAGCUCGACUCCAGGUCGCGGCGUUCAACGGCUCGGCCCAUGUGCACCCACGCUACCGAGACAGGGCCUGGCUCUACGGCGGAAACUCCUCCAAGUCCUGGCUCUCCGUGAAGUCCCUCACGAGAUAUGACUCCGGAUUCUACCUGGUCACGGCGACGUGGGGCUCGGACGAGGGGGAGGUGCAGUCUGAGAGCAGACAGCUGCUGUCCGUUCAUUAUGCCUGUGAGGUUCGGACCCAGCAUGCGUCGCUCCGCUCCGCUUGGCACGAGACGGCGACUCUGUUGUGCCGCGCCCGCUCUCCGCUCUGCGCCCUUGAGGUGGUCGCGUGGUUCAGGGUCCUGCCGAUGCAAGAUCGCGAGCUCAUCCUACUCCACAACGGUAGCAACCCGAGCCACCUGGGACCCAACUUCGUGGGCAGGUCAGCGGAUGUCCGGCUGUUGUGGUCGAGUCCAGACGACGCCUCGCUGGUCCUCGCCAACGUCAGCCUCAGAGACGCCGGCACAUAUGAGUGCCAACACGAGUGGAGGCAGGGAGGCUCAUUCGAGUUCAGCGUCUCCGACAUGAGGCUCACGGUCACCAAAGACAAGAUCACAGAAGUGCCCAGAUCACCCACGACAAAGACAACAACACCAACAGCAACAAUAACGGAAGAUGGAGGUCACGGGUACGUUGCGCCUGCUCUAUCGGGGGUGACGAUCCUGGUCUUGGUGCUGGCGGUCUCCCUCCUGGCUUUUUAUUUUAAACGUGGACAGAGGACUCGUAUCGAGAAUGUGUAUGACGAUGUUGGCCCAUGGGACUCCGUACAGAGCACCACCGAAGCGUCGCAAAUCCAGGAGACGAACUUUCCGCUCUCCGGCUCCUCUCCACCCCAGCGCCCACACCCAAAUAGGACGACCUCUCUUGAGGAUGCCUCUCUCCAUUACGCUCGGCUCGAGAAGCUGCGCUGCCAUCGGCAGAAUACCUACGACAAGGUGGAGCUGUCGCAGGUUCGGACGUGGAGAUUCUCCCCCGUGGCACUGCCCCAGGGCCAGGUUGGGUCCACUGAGGAUCUGAAGACAAUCGCCGGGACCUAA